AUGAACUCUGACCGCGUACGUAAGGACUGCUUCAAGGUUGGAAAUGCCUUCAUGUUUAAUGCAGCUCGUGAGAUGGCCAAGUCAGAAGAGUCAGCAGAGAAACAACUUCAGUUAAUGAAUACUGAAGUACACUCCAUCAAUGCUCCUAAAGGAUACCAAGGCCUUAAAAAUGAGCGACAACACCCCAACUCUGACUCAGGUCUCAGUCCCCAGCGAAGAAUGCCACAUGCCAUUAUUGUCAUAAAGUAGGACACCUAGCUAAGGUAUGUCUCUCAAAGUUAAGAAAGAAGGAUGUCCAUGAAUGUGCAAGUAAUGUUGCAAGCGUGUCUGUGCCAGACCCUAGUGACCACAUGUUUCUGUGCACAAGUAGUGCAACACCCUUGACUAGUAGUGUUCAUGCCAUCUCCUGUAAAGAGAAAGCUCUCUUGGAGGUUUCUCUAGCACUGAGCCUAGAAGGAAAAUAGACACGUCUUUUGUGAGAUAGACUUUGGUGCCGAAACCAACAUCGUACCCUCAUCCCUGUACAAUCAGCUUGGCCCUAGAGUUAUGAAUCUACAGAAACCUACCAUGAAGCCUACAGCAUAUGGUGGAACCGAAAUCCCGAACUUGGGAUCCUGCUAA